GGGAGGAGCGGACGGCUCAUUGGCUGCUGUGGUGUGUGUAUGCAUGGAUCAGCGGAAUGAAGUGCAUAGACCGAGAUGCAAGCGGAGGAAGGUUGAAUUGCUACCACAUCUCUACAUUUAUAUUGAUUGAAUUACUUGCUUUUCACACACAUUUCAACACCCACUGUUAACCGGGAGAUGAUGCAUUACCUCAUACCAAGCCCCUGUCCCACUAGAUGACCGUGGUGGGUACAACCAGGCAGAAGAUGCAGAUGGAGAGAGAUAGAGAGAGGAUGAGGAAGACAGGCUGGAGAUGAAAAGAGACAGGAAUGGAUUCCAGAGCUGCUGCUGGUCUUAUUAAGAAGCACCUGGUAAGAGUGCAAUUAGAGUGUUAUCUAGAUAAGUGGAGGGAAGAAGAGGAGGAGGGCUAGCCGCUGUUGUGCGGUGAUCGGCUCUGAUGGCUCCUCGCUCCCCGGGGAAUCAGAGACAGAAACACAGCGAUUGGGGAGGGACAGUACAAAUUUGGAAAGUGACGGUGGAUAAUAGGAGGGUGUGUUUUGAACAAGAGGAACAGGAGUAACAUGGCUGCACAGUCUGAUGGAGGGGGAUGGGGAGGACUGGGGGAGGGGGAAGAAGGCUUUGAUGGAGACACAGAAGGAGACUGUCAGCCUCUGGACUCUGCAGCCAUACACAUAUGUCUGUGCUGCCACUCUGCUGUCUGCUACUGGGGCUGUCGCUCCAACUGUCUGGGAAACCUGCUGGGGGUGGACACUAAUGGAGGGACCGGAGUUGGUGGCAUUAGCGGUUUAAGGGAGACUCGCUGCCCGCCUGAGGAGGGCCUGUGGCUGGACUGCCUCUGGCUUAUCUUGGCUCUCCUUGUCUUUUUCUGGGACGUUGGAACAGACCUACUUCUCGCUGCGGACUAUUACGCCAGACAGGACUAUCUGUGGUUUGGCCUGACACUUUUCCUUGUGCUAGUGCCAUCGAUAGUGGUUCAGAUCCUGAGCUUCCGUUGGUUCGUUCAGGACUACAGCGGAGAGUGUAUGACAACCUGGCUGGGGACAGUGGACUGCAGCAAGGGAGGAGAGAGAGAAAAGCUUACCAGGCGAGGGCCAGCUGACCACAGAGGGGUUUAUCCAGGGACAGAUCGGGUCAGAGUGGUAUCAGUGUGGCUUUGGCAGAUCUCCAUACACAUUCUACAGCUGGGACAGGUCUGGAGGUAUAUCCGUACAUUAUACCUGGGUAUCCAGUCCCACCGUAUGAAGGAGCAUAAGGAGGCCCAGAGGCGGUUCUACUGGGCCAUGAUGUUUGAGUAUGCAGACGUUAAUAUGCUGAGGCUACUAGAGACCUUCCUGGAGUCAGCUCCUCAACUAGUACUACAGCUUUGCAUCAUGAUACAGCAAAACCGUGCUGAGACUCUACAGUGUAUUUCAAGUAUAGGCUCUCUGCUGUCUCUAUCCUGGGUGCUGGCAUCAUAUCACAAGCUUCUGCGCGACUCCAGGGACGACCAGCGCAGUCUGAGUUAUCGCGGUGCCCUUCUUCAUCUACUCUGGCGCCUCCUGACCAUCUCCUCUCGCGUUCUCUCCCUUGCCCUCUUCGCCUCCCUUUUUCACCUCUACUUCGGCAUCUUUGUGGUGCUCCACUGGUGCGGCAUGGCCCUGUGGGUGGUCCAUGGGGGAACGGAUUUCUGCAUGUCUCGCUGGGAGGAGGUGCUGUUCAACAUGGUGGUGGGCAUUGUCUACAUCUUCUGUUGGUUCAACGUCAAGGAAGGACGCACCAGGGGACGCAUGGUGGCUUACUACUCUGUGGUACUGGCUGAGAAUUCACUCCUCACCGGGCUAUGGUAUGUGUAUCGCGACCGUGCAGAAACAGACAGCUAUGCGGUGCCGGCACUGUGUGGCGUCUACCUGUCCUUUGCUGGGGGAGUGCUCGUCAUGCUUCUAUACUACAGCCUUCUUCACCCCUCGCACGCACAAGCCUCCCCGGCCUCCAGCUGCUGUGACGAGUUGCUUUGGGGUAGCCCCCUGCCUCCAUCUGCUCCCCCAACCCCGGCUCAUCUGGCCGCCCCGUCCCACAGUGAUGAGAUCAUCGCAGACAGUUGUCUGCCCGUGUUCCAGGUGCGUUCAGAGCCCCCCGCCUCACAGCGUUUCGAGGGUCCACUGAUUAAGAUUGAUAUGCCCAGGAAAAGAUACCCAGCCUGGGAUGCUCACUAUGUGGACAGAAGGCUGCGAAGGACCAUCAACCUACUGCAGUACCUGACGCCUGCAGCCGCAGGCAUACGAUACAGGGACGGACCUCUGCUCUACGAACUGCUGCAGUACGAGUCUUCACUCUGACACACAUAUUUACAUCUAAACACAUGUAGCCGAUGGAAAAUGUCUACCUAGUCAGUGGUGCAUGCUAGUUGCAUUCAAUUUGUGACAUCACCCACUCUGGGAAGAGAAAUAGAAAUAGUUGUUUCCCCUUCCUUUUGCUCUGCAAGAUUGCAACUUUUGUGGAGUGACAGGAAAUAAUAUUCACUGGUCCCUGCGAUUGCUCAGGUUAGGGCAAGGAGAGGGACGAUAGCAACACUGUUAUAUUGGUGCUGUGACAUGGAUCACUCAGUUGGGCUCUGCCCCAUUGCCUAUGUUGCUGUGGAGAUUGAAGUAAAAGAUUAAGUGUAGCGUCAAAUAAAUGGCUGGCUACUUAGCGGUGUAUAUGUAUCACCAGUAGCGUUUAAUUGGUGACAUUUCCUGUUCUGAAACCUAGAAGUGUUGUAUUUGUUAACCUUACUCUGCAUGAUCCCCAUCUUUUGUGGAGUGACUGUUAACAAUGCCUUGCGAAUGAUGGUUGUCAUUGUGUUCAGAGGGUACCGGGUAUGAGCCCAGGAAGCUACACUGUUACACACAGAAAUAGUGCAGUAUGAACUAUGUAAGCUACUGCAGUGUGAAUCUUUCUCUGUGUUUCUAUUCAUCUGUUUUCCUCGCUCAGCUGAAAAGACUGGAGAGUAAGGAAAGACUGCAUGUCAUUAUUAUUGGGUCUACAUGAAUAAUAAUAAUAAAAAUAUUAUAUGAAAAAUUUAAUUUAAUAUAAACAGCUCCCUGAAAGCAGUCUGCUAUGUGAGUUCAUAUUCAUUUUAGUUUGCUGAAAGGUUCUGUCUUCAUUCUUUAGGUCGGCUAACUGGAGGUAUAUUUUCUUGGGUUGGUAACUGGGAGUAUAUUGUCGUUUGUGUUGCUAACUGGGAGUAUAUUCACUUUCGGUUGGGUAAUUGGGAUUAUAUUCCCUUUAGGUUGAUAGCUGGGAGUAUAUUGUCUUUAGUGUUGCUAACUGGGAAUACAUUCUCUUUUAGAUUGGCUAAAUGAGAUUAUAUUCCCUUUAGGUAGGUAACUGGGAGUAUAUUGUCUUUAGGUUGGUAACUGGGAGUAUAUUGUCUUAGCUUAGUGGCUAUAUAUUCACUUUAGCUACCUGGGUGUGUAUAUUUCUAUGUACAGAAAUGUGUGUACUAUGUGUGUUGUGACUGAGCUGUGAGUCCGGUAGUCUGUUAUUUUGCUUGUUUGUCAAAUUAGGAAGACACAUUACAGAAUGUUAAGAUAGAAAUGUAUUGUGUAAAACAAAUAUGAUUGUCAUGUAGAUUACCGAUAUGCCAUGCUCUUUCAGAUGAUCUCAUAUCUGAGGUUGUCAUAGUAAUAUAGACAUUUACCUGAAAACACCUGACUAACCUUCCAACAACCAAUACUAAGCCUUCCACCGAUCAACUUCAAAUGGUGCAAAUAUAUAUAAAUAUAUAUAUGAAGUUAAUUUGUUAACUAAUAUUCUAUUAGGUGCAAAUGUAUAUUAACAUACAGUCGUGGCCAAAAGUAUUGACGUCAUCACACUUUCUUUAAAUAACAAAAUUCUAUCUAAAACAUAAUUUGAGUAUUUGGUCUCAACAAUUCUUUAUUUAACUGUUAAUGGUACAUAACCUUUGUUUUUGAUUCAGGAACUGAUAUACAUUUAAACCGGAAAAUAAACAAAAAUGUAAUGAAAAAAAUUAUUGACACCUCAGAAUAUUUGGUAGUACAACCUUUGGCCCAACAAGCGCUUCCAAUUGCCAUGGAUGAGCUUCCUGGACUUCCUGUACUGGCAGUUUGGCCCACUCCUCUUGUACAAAAUGCUCCAGUUCUCCCAGAUUUAAUUUGUGCCUCCUAACUGCUGUUCUCAAUGGUAUUAAAAUCUGGACUCAUUCCUUGCCACAUUCAGAAGUACAGUGUUUGUUUCUGAUGUAAUCUUCACUUCAACACUAUUGACAAAGGUAACCUAAUUUAAUGAAUGAUACUGAAAAAAAAAAUAUUUUCAUAGAGCGGAUAAAAAAUGAAGACCACCGCUUGCUUCAAUAGCUGUUUUGAAGUAACUUAAUGUAAUAGUUUCUUACAUGAUCUGUCAGCUAAUUUUGUCUCCUUUUUACAGUUCUGUUUUGACUGUGCCAUGUGUAAUGGUUUUGCAUGCAAUGCCCACUUCAAGUCCCGCCACUGUAUUUCAGUAGGAUUGACAUCUGGGCUUUUUUGUCAUUCUGUUCUAGCUUUGCUUGGGUGUUCUGGAUCAUUAUCAUGUUCCAAGACUUAGGUACCUGGGCUUUGUAGCCAGACUCAUGGGUGUCAAUAACUUUUCUUUUGAGGACCUUGGAUAGGUUGUUUGAUCUGGUAUGAUGUGUUAUCAAACAUCCAUAUGGUUAAGAACAAACCAAGUUUCUAAUCUUUAUGAAACGCUGGAUCUUCCCAAGUCAGUCUCUAAUGAUUUUAAAAUAAUUAGCACCUGUUGUGGUGCACCUGAUUCUAAUUUUAUACAUUUUAUGUGAUGGUAAAUGUAGGGCAUUAUUAAAGUUUUUUCUUACAUUUGAUUUGAUGUAUUGGGGUACCUUUAUCAAUGAAUGUGGUGAGAAAUUAGCUCAAAUAUUCAUGUGUCCAAAUAUUUAAAAAUACAUCUUUUCAGGGGGGUAGUUACUUCACAUGAUUGUAUGUGUACCAAAAUAAUUUUGAAUGGCAAGCGUUUUCUAUAAUGAAUUAUUCUAGAAUAUUAUCAUUUUAAUGAAGUGCAAGAGUGCCAAUACUUUUGGCCAUGACUGUAUAUCAACUUAUUUGUUGACAAAUAUAUUUGGUGCUUCAUAUGGUGCAAAUAUAUAUUUGAACUUCAUUUAAAGCAAUAACACACUUAAGGUUAUGCAUUUUGAGUCAAAAGUUAACUCAGCAUUCUACAUAUAACCUCAAAACUCUCUUUCUGUUCUGCGUCAAGAGUAACAGAAAGAAAAAGUGUUUCAGUUUUGUGGCCAAAAUUUGACAUGCUAUAAGUUCAGAGAUGAGGUUGUAUUGCUACCAUACAUAUUCACAUCAGAAUCUAGUUUUAUAAAUAAAAUAUAAAAUAAAAAAGGUCAGUUAAUGAGUCAUUCUUACUGGUGGUCAGGACAUCAGUCUCUCAGGCUGAGCUGCAGUCAACUCUGAUAAGCACAUAAAUACAAAUAUUUUUAAGGUUUUUGUUGCCCUUAUCUCUAUCGGUUCUAGCUACAUACUGCUGAUUUAUGUUCUUCUGACAUUUAGAAUGAGAAUAAUGAACAUUGUGUUUGGUAGGACUGUGAUGAUGUCCUGGGUUUGCUGUUAAUGGGUUUUGUUUGGCUGGCUAAUUUCAUUGAUCUUGCUUGUUGACAUAAUCCCUCUGAUGCUAAUGUUAGGAGAUUGUCACGCUAAACUUGAUGUUGAUGUAGGAAAAGUUAUUACUGUUAUAUUACCUCCUGAAAAGACUAUUAACCUGUGACAAUUCAUACAUGACAGAUACUUUUUAAUAUCUGCAUUCAUACUGGUAAUAAGAGAUCAGUAAACAAAUCAUUAAAUCUGAACAACAUACUAUUAACCCGAGUCAUCUAUUUUUAUAUGUUAUGUUGUGACUGAAUUGAAGAAUAUAUACAAAUUAUUAAUUUUACAAAACAAAAAGGUUUUUUCCCUACUGUUUUCUCAGGGAUCAUAUAAAAAGCUGGAUCUGCUUAAAUAAAACCAGCCAGUCUCAGAGAGCUUAACAUUCCAGCUCAGGCUUCACAGACUACACUAGACUGCAGAUAUUACUUGCCCACCUACCAAUAACUCUAGCAAGCUUUGAAAUGUGUGUGCAUGUUAUAGUCAGUUAAAUGCUAAGCCCUUAAUUGAGAAAAUACUUGGGCGAUUCAGUGCUAAAUUAUAUAUUUUGGUAAAACCAACAUGAAAGUCAGCUGCCUAUAGUGUAACAUAGGCAAAACUGCAAUACCUAUUUCAUUAGGAUACCUGUAUAUUAAUAAUAUGGUAUUUAAAUGCAAAAGCAUCAUACAUGUAUGUGUAUAAAUUGCUUUUCCAUAAGUAAUAUGUAACAUAGGUA